AAAUUUUCUGCAAAAAUGGUUUAGAAUCGGUCGAAACGUAGUGAAAUUGUCCGUCGACUUGUAUGGUACAUUCCAAAGCUGUUCAACUUUCGAAAACCUUUCGAUAAACACCAAAAGCGAAAAUGUCUUCAGUAAAAGUAGCGGUGCGCGUCCGACCGUUUAACAACCGAGAAAUCACCAGAGAUUGUAAAUGCAUUAUAAAAAUGGGAGGCAACACAACGACCAUACUGAAUCCAAAGGCAGACCCGAACAACAAAGAAUCAAUAAAAAGCUUCAACUUUGACUAUUCCUAUUGGUCGCACGAUGAAAGCGAUGCGGAGUUUUCUUCGCAACUGCUUGUCUACAAAGACAUCGGAGAGGAAAUGUUACAACACUCAUUCGAUGGCUACAAUGUGUGCAUCUUUGCCUACGGCCAAACAGGCGCCGGAAAGUCUUACACGAUGAUGGGCAAGCAGGAGGAAGGCCAGGAGGGAAUAAUCCCCCAGAUCUGCAAGGAAUUGUUCAGAAAAAUACAGAACAGUACCCAGACCGAUGUGAAGUAUUCAGUGGAAGUAAGCUAUAUGGAGAUCUAUUGCGAAAGAGUCCGGGAUCUGCUCAACCCCAAGAAUAAAGGCAAUCUGAAGGUGCGAGAGCACCCGCUUCUGGGGCCUUACGUGGAGGAUCUCAGCAAACUAGCGGUUACCAGUUACGAAGACAUUCACGAUCUGAUCGACGAGGGAAACAAAGCCAGAACAGUGGCUGCGACUAAUAUGAACGAAACAAGUUCUAGAUCGCACGCUGUUUUCACCAUAUUUUUCACACAACAAAGAUUGGACGAAACUACUCAGCUCACAACUGAAAAAGUGUCAAAAAUAUCCCUGGUGGACUUGGCUGGAUCGGAGCGAGCCGACUCCACUGGCGCCAAAGGAACGCGCUUGAAGGAAGGAGCAAAUAUCAAUAAAAGUCUCACCACUUUAGGAAAAGUAAUUUCUGCUCUUGCCGAAAUCUCUGCGUCGAAGAGCAAAAAGUCCAAAAAAGCCGACUUUAUUCCCUACAGAGAUUCCGUACUAACUUGGUUGUUGCGAGAGAACCUGGGAGGCAACAGCAAAACGGCUAUGAUUGCCGCCAUAUCGCCUGCCGAUAUUAACUACGAUGAAACUUUGUCUACUUUACGUUACGCGGACAGAGCUAAACAGAUCGUGUGCAAAGCAGUGGUCAAUGAGGACGCCAACGCGAAACUCAUUAGGGAACUCAAAGAGGAGAUUCAGAAACUGCGCGAGCUUCUCAAGCAGGAAGGAAUUGAAGUUCAUGAAGGUCCCGAUGGCAAAGUUAUUUAUGAAAAGAAGGACCAGCCUCGUGUGGAGAACAACAUGGUGGAGAGAAAUAAUAAGGAAAAUGACAAACGGGCUAGAACGCAGUCUACUACAGCCGAGGAAGCUGUCGAUCAGCUUCAGGCAAGCGAAAAGCUAAUCGCCGAAUUGAAUGAAACUUGGGAGGAAAAGCUGAAGAAAACAGAAGCCAUCAGAAUUGAAAGGGAGGCAGUUUUUGCCGAGAUGGGAGUGGCGGUGAAAGACGGAAAUACUGUAGGAAUCUUUUCUCCGAAACGCACUCCACAUCUAGUGAACUUAAACGAGGACCCUUUCAUGUCCGAGUGUCUCAUUUACUAUAUCAAGGAUGGUUUGACUCGAAUCGGCUCAGAAGAAGCAAACAGUCCUCAAGACGUUCAGCUCUCUGGUUCACACAUCAAACCAGAGCAUUGCAUAUUCGAGAAUAAAGACCGGAAAACCACUCUGAUCCCCUUAAACGGCGCUCUCAUCUAUGUAAACGGAAGAGAAAUAACUGAGCCGAUUGCACUUAAAACGGGCUCCAGAGUGAUUCUGGGCAAAAAUCACGUGUUCCGCUUCACGCAUCCGGACGAAGUGCGGGAAAUGCGGGAGAAAAAUACGCCGGCCGAAACAGUUGAUUGGAAUUUUGCUCAAAUCGAACUGCUGGAGAAACAGGGCAUCGAUCUGAAGGCCGAGAUGCAGAAGAAAUUGGUUAAUUUGGAGGAACAGUACCGGAAGGAGAAAGAAGCGGCGGAUCAGGCGUUCGAUGAACAGAGAAAGAACUAUGAAGCGCGAAUCGACGCCCUGCAGAAGCAAGUGGAAGAACAGAUAAUGACCAUGUCAACGUACAGUUCUUAUACUGCGGAAGAUUUCAGUAACGAAAACGAUAUUUUCGUGAACCCUCUGUUUGAUGCAGAGUGUAACUGGACGGAAAAGGAGUUUGAACUCGCUGCGUCCGCUUGGAGGAAGUGGAAGCACCAUCAGUUCACCUCACUUAGAGACGAUCUUUGGGGGAACGCCAUUUUUCUGAAAGAAGCAAAUGCCAUCAGCGUCGAGCUGAAGAAGAAGGUUCAGUUUCAAUUCACCCUGCUUACUGAUACUCUGUAUUCCCCGCUGCCGCCGGAUUUGCGCCCAGUUAUAGACUAUGACCACGAUGAGGACGUAACCAUUCCAAGAACAGCGGUGGCUGUUGAAGUGCAAGAUCUGAAAAACGGCGCCACUCACUAUUGGUCUUUGGACAAGCUGCGACAACGUUUGGAGCUGAUGCGCGAAAUGUACCAUAACGAGGCAGAAAUGUCCCCAACAUCUCCCGAUUACAAUGUCGAGUCUCUCACGGGCGGAGAUCCGUUCUACGACCGAUUCCCCUGGUUUCGCAUGGUUGGAAGAGGAUUCGUCUAUCUCAGCAACUUGCUCUAUCCGGUCACCUUGAUACAUAAAGUGGCUAUCGUCAGCGAAAAGGGCGAUGUGAGGGGAUACUUACGGGUGGCUGUGCAAGCUGUUAUGGAUGAGGACAAUUCAGACCAAGUGGGCGUGAGGCAGAGCGCCCGAAUUGCCUUUGAGUCCACCCCCAAAGCGGUGAUCGAGCGCAACAUCCAUAAUAUAGAAGAUCGGAUUAUCGAGGGCCACAACAACAUCGAUCCAAUCAAACUGGAGGAAUUGAUUGAAUGUGACGCCGAUUCUGGACGGGGCGACAGUUCGGUGUCUUCGGACUUAAAGGAGGAAGAAAUCCCCGAGCAUCUGAUGAUUGGAAAAGAAUUUACUUUCCGCGUGACUGUGCUUCAGGCUGUGGGAAUUUCCACAGAGUAUGCUGAUGUUUUUUGCCAAUUUAACUUCCUACAUAGGCAUGAUGAAGCCUUUUCAACAGAGCCGGUGAAAAAUACGGGCAAGGGAACGCCUUUGGGAUUCUAUCACGUUCAAAAUAUUACAGUGACGUGUACCAAAUCGUUCCUGGAUUAUAUACGAUCACAGCCAAUAGUAUUUGAAGUAUUCGGGCACUAUCAGCAGCAUCCGUUGCAUAAAGACGCCAAGCUGGAAGGCAGCGUGAGACAACCUCCGCGCCGCAUGUUGCCUCCUUCCAUUCCCAUUUCACAGCCUGUGAGAUCCAGCAAGUUUGGCGCUUUGCCCAGUCCUUGUACCGCACAUAUUCAUGCAAAGGUUGAUGUACUGGUAUGGUUUGAGAUUUGUGAGCUGGCCCCUAACGGAGAAUAUGUUCCCGUCGUUGUAGAGCACAGCGACGAUUUGCCUUGUAGAGGGCUUUUCUUGCUUCACCAGGGAAUACAAAGACGGAUUCGCAUAACCAUUGUUCACGACCAGGCGUCUGAAAUCAAGUGGAGGGAUGUCAGGGAGCUGGUGGUGGGUAGAAUUCGAAACUCCCCAGAAUCAGAAGACGACGAAGAUAACGACAAUUCGGUGCUGUCGCUCGGUUUAUUCCCAGGUAGUGAGUACCUGGAGAUCCCUGGAGAUGACCGAGUUAUGUUCAGGUUCGAAGCUGCUUGGGACAGUUCCCUGCACAAUUCGCCUCUGUUGAACCGAGUCAGUUCCCCGGGCGAGCAGAUUUUCAUGACAAUAUCGGCUUAUUUGGAGCUGGAAAAUUGCGGUCGCCCAGCCAUAAUCACCAAGGACCUGAGCAUGGUUAUGUACGGAAGGGACGCCCGCACUGGGCCCAGAUCGCUGAAACAUCUGUUUUCGGGCAGCUACAGAAACGCUGAAGCCAACCGCCUUUCUGGUGUAUAUGAGCUACUAUUGCGACGAGCUAGCGAAGCAGGUAGUCCAGGCGUUCAAAGACGCCAAAGACGGGUUUUGGAUACGAGUUCCACGUAUGUGCGAGGUGAGGAGAACCUGCAUGGAUGGCGGCCGCGAGGGGACUCUUUGAUUUUCGAUCAUCAGUGGGAGUUGGAGAAAUUGACGAGAUUGGAAGAAGUGGAAAGAGUCAGGCAUACGCUUUUGUUGAGAGAGAGGUUGGGACUGGAUCGUUGCCACAAUUACAACAAAUUCCAAUCGGAAUAUACCACAAAGAGCGAGAAGGAAGUAUGCAACAUGGUCGCCAAAAAUAAUUUGAACCAGAAUUAUCAAGCCAAUAACGACUCAGUUUCCGACUAUUCAGACCGCGAAAAGCAGCUGCUCAACAAGUGCGUCCGCCUCAUUCAGGGAAAACCGCGCGACAGCAAAGAGCGCAAAGAAAACGACAUUGCCAGUCCGACCGACGAGCUUACUGAUAUGAGCGCCAGCAUGGUGUCCAGUGUGAUGACCAACAGUUCCAUUGAAUUAUGCUCGCCAGAAAGAACGCCGCUAAUCGGGGAAUGUGCCCCAUUUCCCUCUAUGCCGGCCUCACCUCCUGGCCCUAGAGAUCCGGAGUUGGUUCUGUACGUUCCUGAUAUGGAGGAAAUUAGAAUUUCCCCAGUCGUUGCCAGAAAAGGUUACCUCAAUGUCUUGGAGCACAAAACCCAUGGAUGGAAGAAGCGAUGGGUGGCUGUAAGGCGACCUUAUGUGUUUAUAUUCCGCGAUGAAAAGGACCCGGUAGAAAGAGCCCUCAUUAACCUAGCCACUGCUCAAGUAGAGUAUUCGGAAGACCAACUGGCUAUGGUGCGACUUCCCAACACAUUCAGUGUUGUCAGCAAACAUAGGGGCUACUUGUUGCAAACUCUUCACGAGAAGGAGGUUCACGACUGGCUGUACGCCAUAAACCCACUGCUUGCAGGACAGAUUAGGUCGAAAUCGUCCAGGCGCCAGCCUCAAGCCAAAGAGGAAGUUAACGCCGAAGUGAAGAUUACUGUAGACGCUAAAUGAGAUAUGAUCGAUAUGGAAUCCGUACUGGUCUAUUGAAAAGGUCAAGUGUAUAGAUUUUUUUUGUUCUCUUCUUUUACAUGCGUUUGGGUCUAAAUUGAAAUACUUUAAUAUUGGUUCACUUUUUGCUCAUAAUCCGAACGUCUGAAACGUUUUGCUUGAAGGCCAGUUUUAAGUAGAUGAUGAUGAUUGAAAGUCAAUGGGGUUCAUUAUUUAUGAUCAGGCUGUAAGCACAAAUACUACUGUGAGAAAGCAUAAUGCGUUGGGUUUUAAUCAGUUUCAAAGCGGCAGAGUGAGUGUUUCCUUGCAGUCUGAGACUAAUGCAGAACACCCACUGUUAGUGAGGGAAUUCUUAUUUGGAGCAAAAUUGCCGAUAUGAAAGCUGCUUGAUUGAUUCGAUCAGUAAACGCAUUCCAUUUUGCAUGUUCACCACCUGCAUAAACGUUGGUAAAAAGUUAUUUUGCAAUGGCCUGUUUAUAAUGUGGAUUCCGUAUCCCCGAGAGCAUCUAAUAUGGCAUUUUAUGUGCGCUGAAUAAAAAUUAGAGCCCAAUGCUUCUAACAUCAGCCUUUCCAAGCUUGUUUUCUGGCCGUAGAUGUAUUUUUUCCAUUAAUACAGUGGUUGAAAGGAUUUAACUUUCAACGGGAAUAACCUAUGUUGGAAAGAUUGGACUAAUGUUUUAUGGAUAGUAGUAUUCUAGUCACUUUUAUUAUUGAGAGUUUUCCUGGACUGUGGAUCUCGACGGCAAGAACGAUUUGUACAGAUAACUAAACUAAUUUACGCUUCAUCCAGUGAUAUUCUCGAUAAUAAAUUGCUUACAUUUUUAGUGAUUUAUUGAAUAUUGAUAGCUGAUAUAUUUAUUUAUUUAUUGUGUAUAUUUUGACUUUUUACAUCUAUUACUCCUAGACCCGGCUAGAGAUGUUAAAUUUGAAAUAAUUUUGGAUUUUCUGAACAAUCUCGGUGUUGUUGGAAGUUUAUUUGGCAAUGCCAAGGCUUCACUAUUAGAGAUAAAAAAUAAGAUGAAAAAUAUAUUAUAUGUACCGAUAUUAAGUAUGUAUCUUACCAAAUAGUACCCCUUUAAAGCCUCACGUUUUCUUUUGUGCAAUAACCAAUUAGUAGAUGGACGACGGAACUUUUAUUAUUUCUCUAUCAUGUAACCAGGCAAUGAAACUGCAUCGAAUUCAGUUUUGAGGAAAAACUUGAAUCGAUGCAGGUUACUUGGUUAGUGCCGUAAAAAACUGUCCCUUUUCAAUUCCUAAUUGUUUAAGAUUUAGGUCGUCUACUGGUAAGCUGUCGUAGAUGUUUCGGUUUGACCGCAAUUUUGUUAAGUUUUGAAACGCUUUUUGUUGUGUUUAGCAAUUGAACAACUUCUGGUCAUAUUUAUAGGCGCUUACAUAUACGCGGCUCGUUCUUCUUUUGACUUUCAAGUUUAUUGUGAUAUCGAUGGGAAAACUGUACGGCAAAGUUUGUAUGUGAAGAAAGACUGGGAAGAAGAGCGAGGCAUCGUUUCUGCCACAACCAGUUGGGUUGACUUUCACACUUGUGCUACGCCUUAAACUAAGAGCUAUAAAUGUAUAAAACUACGGUAUUAAGAUCAUGAAGUAGGACAAUUUAGGAAAUUUAUAUUUAUUUCUUUUAAUAAUAUAAAGGCAAAAUCCCGUGCGGUUUUGCCCGUCAUUAUUGUAUAAUUGUAUAAGUAAUAUGAAAACGAAAUAAACAAACCUUAAUGCCCCUUA